AUGCAGCUGCUGCGCAUAUCGCUUUAUGUACCUGCAUUUUUAAAGCGCCUGCUUGCUCGCCUCGCGGAUUUCUUUCUAGGCAAGCCUGUUGCCCUUAUAGUUGGCUCGUCGAUCGGCUGCCAUUCCAGCGUGUCUGUCCUAGAGUUGCGACACCGGAUUGCGAAAUACGAGGAAGCCUUUGCGAAAUCCAUUUGCAGCUCAGAUACACCGUUUGAUGUUAUCAUCUGUCCAACCUUUGCCUUUCCGGCCCCUCUUGCAAGCACUGCGGAGAUAUUUCUAAACACAUCACUUCUCUACACAGCCCUCUACAACUUGGUUGAUUACCCAGCUGGCGUUGUACCCGUGGGCGCUGUCACGCCGGAAGACGUAAAAACGGCGGUUAAGUUGAAGGAGGACUAUCAGCGUUCUGGAGAUCGUAUAAAUGCUGCGCUGGCGAAUAUGCAAAUCGGCAGUGAAGGCCUUCCGUUAGCGGUGCAAGUUGUAGGCAGACCAAUGCAGGAGGAACUGGUUCUGAGAGUCAUGAAGGAGAUUGAAUCUGCUGCUCACUUUUGA